UGCCAGCGACUCCGAAGGACAAGAGCGCAGAUUAUACCAACAAAGCCCAACAUAUCAGAGCGCGGCUUCGUUCGUGGUAGUGUCGUAGUUAUUCGUCACUGAAAUGUCUGAUCAACAGGACGCAAAGCCGACCGAAGAGAAGGCAGAGCAGCCAGAAGUUUCAGCUGAGGAAAAUGAAACUGCUGAUAAAACUCCAGAGCAGCCUCCAAAAGAAAUGCGAGCCGUCGUGCUCACCGGUUUCGGAGGUCUUAAAUCUGUCAAGGUUUUGAAGAAACCUGAACCAACACUGGGCGAAGGGGAAAUCCUCAUUAGGGUGAAGGCAUGUGGGCUCAAUUUCCAAGAUCUGAUGGUGCGUCAGGGUGCGAUCGAUUCGCCACCGAAGACUCCGUUCACCAUGGGGUUCGAGUGUGCCGGGGAAGUGGAAGAAAUCGGGGAAGGAGUCACGGACUUCAAGGUGGGUGAUCGCGUGGUCGCGUUGCCGGAGUACCGAGCAUGGGCCGAGCUGGUGAUCGUCCCUUCCCGGUAUGUGUACCACAUUCCUGCCGAACUCAGCUACCUGGAUGCUGCUGCGAUCGCCAUGAACUAUCUGGUCGCCUACAUCCUGCUCUUCGAGCUAGGUGGCCUGGCGCCUGGCAAGAGCGUCCUCGUCCAUUCCGCUGGUGGCGGCGUCGGCCAGGCGGUGGCGCAGCUGAGCAAGACUGUCUCUGACGUCACGGUGUUCGGCGUCGCCUCCAAGAACAAGCACGAGGCCCUGAAGGCGUCCAUUGACCAUCUCUUGGAGCGAGGCAGCGACUACGCCAGUGAAGUGCGCAAACUUUCGCCAGAGGGCGUGGACAUUGUCCUGGACUGUUUGUGUGGGGAUGAAUGUAACAGAGGCUACUCGCUACUGAAGCCGAUGGGCAGAUACAUUCUCUAUGGAUCUUCAAAUGUUGUAACAGGUGAAACAAAAAGCUUCUUCAGUGUCGCAAGAUCAUGGUGGCAAGUGGACAAAGUGUCUCCCAUCAAGCUGUUCGACGAGAACAAGACUCUGUCUGGUUUUAAUUUGCGCCACCUAAUGUACCAGCAGAACGGCGCUCCCUAUAUCAAACGCAUCAUGGAAUCUGUGUUCAGUCUUUGGAAGGAUGGCAAGAUUAAACCUGUUGUUGACUCUACUUGGGCCCUGGAAGAUGUACCAGAAGCAAUGCAGAAAAUGCAUGAUCGUAAAAACAUUGGAAAGAUUGUGCUGGAUCCCGAGAUGGAGCCCAAGCCAAAACCUGCCACCCCAGCCAAAGGUAAGGCUAAGGGAGGAGACAAAGAGGAGAAGAAGAAGGAAGAGGAGAAUCCUGGAAAUGAUACAGAACAGGCUGCAGCAGAAACCAAAGAAGAAAAGAAUUCAAGUUGAAUUUAAUGGGGAGGCAGUGGAGGAAGGAAGCCAUGAACCGCUUAAUGUUCAAAUCAACUACAUAUUGAAAUUUGUGCUGUGUUAUAUUUUUGUGUAAGAUAUUAGCAUAAUAAUAAUAAUAAUACUUAUUUUGUCAAUAUACUUUACAAAUGGAAAGAUUGUAUGUAUGUGUGUACAUUUAUGGUCGCAUGUGUGUGUGUAAACGUGUGCAUGCGUGUUGCUAUACCUUCUUUUUCAUCCCUUGACCGUGCGUUACACAUACACGAAACAUUUUGCCACAAAUAAUAAAACAUUGUAUAUCAAAACAUUUUCCUGACGAUGUAUGUGAUUACAUACAUACAAUCAAUAACUGGAGUUUCAUAAAAUCUAAUUUUUCUACCUCCUUUGAAGACUAUUUUAGAUAGUUCAUCGACUCUUUACCUUUCACAGUAUAUACGCUUCUUCAACCACAGUGAUAUUUUACAGUAGAACUUUCAGUAUAUUAACUAUUUUAUAUUCAGUGAUGUGUGAAACGAAUACAGGUCUACCUCUGACAGGGUCAGAAGCCUAAUAAUCUUACCACGAGUACUUCACGACUACAUAUUAUGUUUGUGUUUCAAUCACUGUAUGAAUUAUAAUCUGAUGCUUUGAAUGUGAUAAAUGGGUCAGGUCUGGGUUCUGAAACUGCCAAAAAAAAGAAGUCAUGACCAUAUAUACACAGUACUUUGUAACUUAAAUAUAAUCAUAUGAGAUGAUGUGCUGCUUUCAAAAACUGCUAUUUGUUGUACCACUUUAUAUAUAAGACGUAUGGCUUAUUGGUGUAAGACUGAGUUGUUGCUUUAUUGCUUAUGGGUUUAAUUUCCUUUACUUCAAUUGUUAUUUGUAAUAAGAAUGCCACAUAUGAAUGGAAGAUCUGUAAUUUGUUUGACAAUCUUCGCUCCCCACUGAAUUACUGUGUUAUAGUUCAAUUCUGAGCUUAUAAGCUGUAUGUUGAGGCAAGAAGGCUCAAUAAAGUUGGCUUUGAAAACUA